UCUGUAGAGGAGAGGGUGACGAAGGUCGUCGUCCUGCACUUUAUCUGUCGACAUAACGGUCACGUGCACGCGCGUCAUUAACCAUGUCAAGACGCAGCCACUUAAUUACAGACCCAUUGAUUUGUAGCAAACAAAACGAAGUCUGCGCCCUCUUGCACGGCGACUUCGCUGCGUACUGAGAGACGUCCGCUCAGAAUGCUCGUCAAUGGCUCCACGACCUGCCAAACGGCAGCGCCGCUCGACGAUUGUGCUUUCCGACGAUAGCGACGAAGCCCAUGCAUUGCCCACCACCAAUGCACCGAAGUCUGGCAUACAGCGCGAGAUCACGCUUGACGGAAAGACGUCCCAGACUGUGUCGCCCGCGAAGAAAGCAAAAGUGAAGCUAGCCUCGACGAAGACAGCCGUCAAGUCAUCGCCGAAGUCCUCGCCUGAGAAAGCAAGAAAAGGUACAAGAUCCAAGAACGAGCCUGAGAAGUCCAAGUCGCUGCACAACUUCUUUGGCAAAGCCACAGAGGAUGAACGAUGGCGGAAGAGAUCGGAGACACCAGAGGUCAACAUAGGAGACGGGGAACUAGGUGAUGCCAUUGAAGACAUUGAUGAUGAUGAAUUGUCCGAAGAUACCUUACGGGAACUUGGAGUCAAGACAGACACAGCCAGUGCUCCCUUGGACAGACGGAAACCUGUCCCUCCAGUCGGUAUCGGCCUCAAGUCUGCGGCAAAUGGCUCAAGUCUACCUUCGAGUCAACGGUUUGUUCGACCGGCGCAAGUCACUCGUCCUUUCGAUACCAAUGUGCUGCACGACCAGCCUCAAGACGAAGGUCACCAUCCUUGGGCAGAUCGAUAUGGUCCCAGCAAUCUUGAGGAGCUUGUUGUGCACAAGAAGAAAGUCGCAGACGUGCAGAACUGGCUACAAGGCAGAAUCGAUGGACGAAAUGCCCAGAAAGUACUCGUUUUGAAAGGACCUGCGGGCAGCGGCAAGACCAUGACGCUGUCAUUGCUCGCAAAGGCUAUGGGCUUGCAGUUGGUCUCAUGGCAUAAUCCCAACGCCUCGGAUCUCGGUGCCACGAUAGCAGCGCAAUUCGACGAAUUUCUCAAUCGCGGUGGUCAAUUCGGCGGGCUUGCCUUUCACCAGGAGACAACGGCUGCAGAUCAACAGCUGGCAGAUUCUUCCCAUCGAGUUCUGGUCAUUGAAGACUUUCCGGCCACGUUGACGAGACUGUCCAACGCCCUACAAUCAUUCAGAUCCGUCAUUCUGCAAUACCUCGCACGAAGUCGACCAACAUCCUCGGCCAGAUUCCUUGGUAAAGAGAGCUCGAGUGAGGUGUCCCCCCCGGUGGUCAUCAUCAUCUCCGAAACCCUGAUUUCAUCUUCGACUGCACUGUCGGAUAGUUUCACGGCCCACAGGCUUCUUGGACCUGAGAUCCUCAAUCACCCGUUCGUGACGGUUAUGGAGUUUAACCCAGUAGCACCUACUUUCGUCACCAAGGCUCUGGAUCUCGUCAUGAAGAAAGAAGCAAGAGACUCACGUCGACGUCGUAUGCCAGGACCUGCCAUCAUCCAGAAACUAGCCGAGAUGGGUGACGUGAGAAGCGCAGUCAAUUCGCUUGAAUUCCUCUGCCUGCGGGGCGGUGAUGGAGCAGAAUGGUCUGGGACAGUCGCUGUAAAGGCCAAGAAGACGUCGAAGGACAGUGUGCCAUUGACAGAAAUGGAGAAGAACUCUUUACAGCUGGUCAGUCAACGCGAGACCACGCUCGACAUGUUCCAUGCCGCAGGUAAAAUCGUGUACAACAAACGAGAAGACCCAAGAGUUUUAGAUACUCGAGCCGAACCACCGCCUAAACCGCCGGAUCAUCUCAUGCACCAGUACACACCCAAGGUGUCACAAGUCGAUAUCGAAGCACUGCUCAACGAGACGGGAACAGACAUUCAGACAUUCAUCUCUACGCUACACGAGAAUUAUGUUUUGUCGUGCAAUGGCGACACGUUCGAGAACUGCUUCGAUGAAUGUUCGGAGAUUCUGUCAUCGAGCGACAUCUUAAACCCUGACAGCAGACCUUCACGACGUGCGAAAUCUAGCAAUGCGACCAUUAUCCAGGCCAGUCUGCAAGCUGGGUCGUCGGAUACUCUCCGUCAAGACGAAAUCAGUUUUCAGGUAGCGACGAGAGGGCUCUUAUUCAAUCUACCAUACCCAGUCAAUAGAGCAUCUCCACCAGGUGGUCGGAAAGGUGACACGUACAAGAUGUUCUACCCUGCAAGUUUGAGACUGUGGAAACCGACGGAAGAGCUCGAAAGUCUUAUCGAUAUGUUUAUCUAUGGCGCAGAAGGUAUCGGAAAGUCCGGCACAGGCUUGGCCUCCGGACAAGGCACAGCAGCGCAUGAUGAUGGUGUCGCAAGCUGGCAGAGCAGAACAUUUGCCGCCACCGCUUCUACCGCUGAAGCUGGUACAGACGGCGAUGAGGAGGAUGAUGAGAGCAGCCUCACCCGGCCGCUUCGGCACACAAAGGAUACAUUGACGCUCGAGGUUCUGCCUUACAUGACUCAAAUCUUCGUGGGUCGGAAAAAGGAUACUUCCCUCCUUGAACGCAUCACGAAGUUCAAACCUGCUGCAUUCUUGUCGUCUGCUGAGGCGGGCGAUGAGAGCUUCGAGGAUGGUGAAGCUGCAGCCACAAAUGAGAUUCACGAGGGUAGGACUAAUGGAAUAGUCGGUGCAGGCUCUGGGACCAAACCGUCAGGACUCGCUGCUAAAACAGGUCAAUUAGCGGCGGCGAGACACGAUCAUCAUGCGGCGGACGUCGACGCAUCUGCCAUGGACAAACUGUACAUUUCGGAUGAUGACAUUGAAGAUGAUUAAUGUCGAAAGUUGGGUCGAGACACGGAUGCCGAACACCUCAGUGCAUUCAGAAGCUUUGCUUCUCUUGGUACACAUAGCUGGAAUGUACCCGACCCUAACAAUCCAAGUAACGACUUCAUGGUCCAUUCAGUUUCAUCGAGACGAGCGAUGGGCGACACACAUAGAGCCGGAGAAAAAGCCAACCUGUUGACACGUGCUUCACAUUAACUAUCUGGUGG